CCCAGUGCUAGUACAGUGCCACACUCCCUGCGUCAUGCACCACCACCACACCGCUGCCACAACCAAUUACGAGUCAACUGCCAUCGCUACUACCACUGUCAUCACCACUAAUACUGCUACUUCUACCACCACCACCGACAUUCCCCGUGUCCAGCAUUGCUAACUCUGCAGGCGAAGGAGAUGGCAACAGCAGCAGCAAGGAGGUGGCUGGUGUCGCUGUUGUGUGUGUGUGUCGCCAUCACCACGGGCGGGAGGCCAGUGUACCAGACGCUACAGGAGAGGGUGAAUGUGCCUUCCGAGGUGUGGCAGAAGUUGACUGGAGUGAUCAAGGCGGCCUGUCAACACAGUCUACAGCUGGUCGACUGUCCAGAACUCCUACUGAAGCUCAACCAGGGUAAGAUAGAUGCUGUCCCACCUGGCCAAUCGACACCUGCCCAAAUGGUGGGUCGGCAGUUCUACGACCUUAUUAACUUCCGCUACUAUGAGGUGCUCAAGUUGUUGCCUGAACUAAGUGUGGAGGAGGCCGUGCUCGAGAAGGACCUCCAAGACCUCGAGGAGAAGGAGGCCGCCCUUACCGAGCUGCUAGAAAAGCUGAGGAGAGGGGAUACCUCAGUGGACAUAUACGGAACUACCCAUUACAUCAUGCCAUGGCUGAAAACAUCUACCUGCUCACCUUCCGCUAAUAGAUUAAGGGCUCAUGACUGUGCCGACCAUCUCCUCCACGGCCACAAACAGAGCGGCGUCUAUGAAAUCUUCCCCUUCAAGUGUAAGUGCGACAAGGGUGUGAAGGUGUGGUGCGACAUGGAGACAGAAGGAGGAGGGUGGACAGCUUUCCUAGUGAGACAGAACCUGACAGAGAACUUUGAGCGAAACUGGCAGGAGUAUGCAGUGGGAUUCGGGGAGGCCUCUCAGGAGUACUAUAUGGGAAACGAUAACCUGCACGCCAUGACGUCAUCAAGGUUGUAUACAAUGCGGACAGUCUUCCGAUCAGCUAAUGGCCUGACGAGGUGGGGCCAGUGGGGACUGUUUAGUGUUGCCAGUGGAGACGAAAGAUACAAAUUGACUAUUGGAAAGUUCCUGCCGCAGAGUCAGACUGCUGACUGUAUGGCUCACAGCAACGCCAGGCAGUUCUCUACCAUCGACUUCGACAAUGAUGGCAAGAAUG